AUGAUUUGACACAAUUCUCUUGAGAAAAAAAUCAAUGAAUCACGUGAUAUGCGAAACCCAGACUGCAUGUAUCUCUUAGUUUCAGAAGAAGUGUCCAUUGCCCAUUUCCAAGAUCCAAUCAGAGCUAAAGCAUCCAUUGGUACCAUUAUCCUGCCGUGUGAGUUUAGCACGGAAACGUUCGAGACUCCACAGAUCACGUGGUACCAAGAAAAAGCAGAAGAGAGGAGACUUAUCAUGCAGUAUGACAUUCACAACCGUUUGUCGUCUUACGGGGAGUUUAAAGACCGCGUGGCCCGAGGAUCUGGCGGCGCCCUGGUUCUGCUGAAGACGUUCAGACGGGAUUCCGGCAACUAUUCCUGUGAGGUGGAAGUGGAUAAUGAAAUCCCUAGCUGGGUGAAAACUACAGUUGUUCUGGAUAUCGAGAAGGAAUCCUCUGACGAUCCUUUAUUAUUUGGCACCAUCGGCAGAUUUGUUCUUCGUUCAAUUUUCUGGUUUGUCCCAGUAAUUUGCGGAGUUCUGCUAGGAAGAGGACAGCUGAGCCCCAGUAGAAUGUCCUGGUCUGGAAUGAGGGAUUCAAGAUGUACAGAACAGUUCAAAAAGGCACUUCUUCUCUUGGUAUCAGCACUUGCCAUGGGUUUCAUUUUCACAGGAGACGUGUUCUUGGAAAUUGCCGUAAAGAAUUCAAACAAUGCGAAGGUUUACAACUUCUAUUUCGUUGUGUCGCUGAUAACUGGCCUGUUUGGAGCCCUAGUUGUUGUCGUUAUUACCAUUGUGUGGCCGUGCUUGCCAAAGAAUUGCUGGUGGAAGAGAGAGAGCACGUCUAUUAAUGCCAUAUCCUACCAGACUUCUCAAGAUAAAGACGAAUCGGCUGUAAAAUUCAUCAAGAACACAGAGUUGUCUCCAGAGAAUACAUCUAAAACGGUGUCUGCAUCGAAUGUAAGGACAUUAAAAAACCCGGACGAAAAAAGAGUCAUCGGAAUGGCAUGGUUGUCCAAGGAUUACAUUGGUCUCAUGACGUCAUCAGCUUUGUUCAAAGUAAAUGUACAAAAUAGUGUCGAGGAAUACAAAAGGGUUCUGACAGUCGACUACAACGAUGAACUUUUGUGUGUUGGGACCUAUAGAAGUGGUUUGAUUAUGAGUGCCCGAAAACAUGACACAGACCCAGAAAAAGGUUAUUUUUUAAAACUGUCUGCAGAUAAAGAAACUUCCCAAAUUUUUCUACAAAUGCCUGGCAGUCCCAUCAUAUUAAAUUUGUGGGAGGCCCGCUGGGAUGGAUCGGUGUACGCCGCUUUGUCUAACCCUAAUCAGGUUAUCAUCAAACACUUGGAAAAGGACAAAGAAAACACAGAAAAAACAGUUUGGGAGGCUGUGUUAAGCAAGCCUGAAUGCAUUGUCCAGAACUCCCGGGGACAGUUUAUAGUGGCAGACUAUGCCAAAAGUGAUCUCUUUGUAUUUGAGGAGAAUGGGGACUUUCUAACUACUAUGAAGGUGUUCGUGCCAAAGGAUUACCAAUGCAAGCUGAAUGGCUGUAACAGAUUGGCUGUAGGUUCUGACGACAGAAUUUUUGCAUCCAGCCAUUGGUCAAGCGAUGUUCUUGUUUUCACCCGAGAUUUUAGGUUUGAGGGCCUUCUGGCAACAGACAAGCCGUCUAGUGGUGUCAUUUCUUGCCUACUCGUACAUAACAGUUUCCUGUAUGUUGCCUUUGAGGAAUGUAUCUGUGCUUACUCCUUACCAGAUAUUAUGCUGAAUAUGGAAGGCAAUGGUUGAUAACAUUUUGAGAACGACUACUUUUACAGAACAAAUAUCACCUAGAGUUUUGACAAGCUAUCAAAAUUAGUUUAGCAUAGUUAUACAUUACCCUUGUACACUCGUCAACAAAAUGUCAACAAGUGUAUGCAUGUGAAUUUAAGACUGUCCUGACUUGGAGGUAUAAAUAAACUUUACAACAAAUGUGCAGCACACCUGAGGUUUACGAAAUGCCAACAACGGAAGGCCUAUAUUGGAAAACGUUUGUAGAUUUUAGAGAUGUAAAAAUUUACUCACAUAUUAUACAUGUACUGUUUUACUAUUUUUACUGUGUUGUAUUGUGGUGCCGAUGAUUUUUUCUGAUGAUGUUUCCUGAUGAUUGGUUAUAGGCAGCCAUUGUGUUGUGUCGCUGAUAACUGGCCUCGGUGAAAACUUAGCCCUUCAUGUGCUAACCAUUUUGUGCUUAAUAUUGUCAUCUGUAUCUCUUAUGAAAAUGUGUUAAAAAUGUUAACGUUAAUGUUCAUUACAACAGUAUGUUCAUUCAAAUAUAGACUCUCCCCACU